AUAUCGUCUAAUAAUACUACAGUAUAUCUUAAGAUUAUAAAAGACUAUUUCCAUAAAAGAUGACUGAUUUGUCAGAUGAAUCAUUUGAUACAAUAAGUGAUUCAGAUAUAGAUUUGGGUCUUAUUAGCGAUGAUGUCAACCCUUCUUCCACUUCGAACCAGUCAUUUGAAUAUCAAGUGCUUUCAGUCAAAGACGUCCAGAAACAGAUGGAAGAGACCAUUGAAAACAUCAAACAUGUAAUCCAAUUGUCUUCGGCUAUCAUUCGGACUCUACUCAAACAUUUUCGAUGGGAUUCUCAAAAACUUUUAGAGCGAAUAUUUGAUGGAAAUGAAGAACAACUUUUCAAAGACGUUGGAAUUGUAGUCAAUAAAGACUUGUCUCAUGAGAGUCAUAACAAAAGACGACGAAUGGACCAAAAAAUGAGAAUUUCUUGUGAAAUCUGUUGUGAUUUGGUUUCCAAGAAUUAYUUAUUUGGUCUGAAUUGUGGUCACGACUAUUGUAAAGAGUGUUGGAGGAAAUACUUGACCACUAAGAUUAUGGCUGAGGGAGAUGUAACUGCCAUUACUUGUGCAGAAACUGAAUGUAAAGUGAUUGUUGAUGACGAAGAUGUUCUACAAUUGAUCAGUGAUGACAACCUACUGAAGAGUAAAUAUCAAAGAUUAACAAUCAAUUGCUACGUUGAGUCCAAUGGAUUGUUGCGUUGGUGUCCUAAACCUGAUUGUCUGCAUGUCUUUAGUGUUCAUUUUCGAGAAGCACAUCCCGUGACCUGUAUUUGUGGCACUGAAAUAUGCUUUGCUUGCGGUCAGUCCAAUCACGAACCCAUUACUUGUGAACUGAUCUACAGAUGGAAUAAAAAGUCCGCCGGAAAUAAUGCCGAAAAAAUUGACGGCCGAACAGCCAAUUGGAUUAUAACUAAUACAAAGGAGUGCCCCAAAUGUCGCACAAGUAUUGAAAAGAACGGCGGAUGUAACCACAUGACAUGUCGGAGUCUUAAGUGUAAGUUUGAAUUUUGUUGGGUAUGUCUACAGUCGUGGGCCACUCAUGGGACCAGUUAUUACAAUUGCAAUCAAUUUAAUGAUUCCAAAGCCAGAACCGUUAAAGAGAAUCAAAGCGAUCAAAGAAAGUCUUUGGAGAGAUUCAUGUUUUAUUGGCAAAGAUUUAUGAAUCACAAACAGAGUCUUAAGUUUGAGAGUGAGCUCAUGGCUACAGUUAGGACACGAAUGACUCAAAUGCAGCAUAACUUCAACAAUGCUUGGGUUGAGGUCCAGUUCAUGGAGAAAGCCGUUCACGCGCUUUGCAAUUGCCGACAGACAUUGAUGUACACCUAUGUGUUUGCCUUUUAUAAUGAGAGGACACCGCAGAUACAAAUCUUUGAAAUAAAUCAAAGAGAUCUUCAGUCAUCUGUGGAAACAUUAUCCGAAUUAUUAGAAAGAGAAAUUCCAAGCGAUGACCGACAAGAAAACAAAGACAUGAAACAAUUGAAAGAUCAAGUGAUCCAUUCAACUAAUUAUUGCAAUAAAAGACGAAAAGCACUGAUAGAUCACAUUAUUGAAGGAUAUGAGAAGGAUUGGUGGCUCUUCAGCUCCGACUAAUAAAAUCAAACAAUUUUUGUUAUCAUUUGCUAACAUUUGUUCAUAUAUUUACAUUAC